AUGAAGCUUUUGGUUCUCCUCGCUCUCUUUGGAACUGCAGCUGCACUGAAGGAGAAUGACAGGAUAGUCGGCGGGUACGAGUGUCCCAGAAACUCAGUGCCCUACCAAGUGUCUCUCUUUACUGGAUACAACUUCUGCGGAGGGGCACUCCUGUCACCAGAGUGGGUGCUCUCUGCUGCCCACUGCAGGCCAAAAUCCAAUGUAGAGGUGCGGCUUGGGGAACAUGACCUCUGGGAGCCCGAGGGCCCUGAGCAGCACAUCAUGUCUGCCGAGUUCAUUCGCCAUCCCGACUACAACCCCCGCACACAGGACAGCGACAUCAUGCUCAUCAAGCUGAGUCGUCCUGCGACGCUCCCUUUUAAAUGUUCCACUGAUGGGACCGUGUGCCAUGUCUCUGGUUGGGGGAGCAUCCGCCCCAGUGAUGAAGGCUCGAGGUACCCUCAUAUGCUGCAGUGCCUGGAUGUCCCUGUCCUGAGUGAUGAUGCAUGCUUUAAUGCAUAUCAUUUCCAAAUCACUGACAACAUGUUCUGCGCCGGUUACCUGGAGGGAGGCAAAGACUCCUGUCAGGGUGACUCCGGGGGUCCAAUGACAUGUGAUGGGAGUCUCCACGGUGUCGUGUCGUGGGGGAAAGGCUGCGCACUGAGAAACAAGCCUGGUGUGUACACUAAAGUUUGCAAUUACGUCACAUGGAUCAAGAUGACAAUGAUGAUAGACUAA